GAAAAAAACAUCCCUCCGAAGCCGAACCAACCGCGGCGGCGAUUAGUCGACAAUUGUCAAAAGGGAUCGAUGCCGAGCAUUUCGGCCCUCUAUUCCAUUGAAGAAGUCUCACAGCACAGUUCCAACGACGACUGUUGGAUCAUUAUCGAUGGCAAGGUAUACGAUUUGACAUCAUAUUUGGACGAGCAUCCUGGUGGAGAUGAUGUUAUUGUGGCUGCAACUGGCAGAGAUGCUACAGAUGAUUUUGAAGAUGCUGGUCAUAGCAAAGAUGCUCGAGAGCUGAUGGAGAAGUUCUAUAUCGGCGAGCUCGAUCCUUCUUCCUCAGCGAUCCCAGAACUCGAAACAAAAGAACCAGAUGGUUAUGCAGCUCGGGUUCAGACCUUGACAAAGCAAUACUGGGGGGUUCCUAUUGCAGUACUUGGUAUGUCUGUAGCACUUGGCUGGUUAUACUUGCUCAAAAAGUGAUUGCAAUGCCAUUUGAAGGCUGUUGGCUUGUUGAGUUGAGGGAGUUGAUCACAUUUUUGCUUCUUAGAAAACCUUAUUUCUUUCAAAAUCUUCGGACAAUGAUUUGUAGGUUAUUUGUUCGAGAAGAGAGAUUUUUUCUUGUUAGCUAGUGGAUUUGUGUAUUUAUUUCCAUUGUUUCAUUGGACGUGACCAUGUAGCUUCUUUCAGCCCAAUAGGGCGAUGACAUCUCGAGGUUGUGUUAUCAGGUAAACUUUUUAAAACCGUUUAACAGUUUCGUCUUUUGACAGCUUUGUUGUUGUCGUCGUCAUGUUGCAUCUGCUACUAUGUGUUACUGCCACCACUGCCUAUACCUAGAGAGUUGGUGACGUUUCUCGGUUGCCUAGUUGCAUAUAGUUGUCGUCGAGGUGGAAGGGAACGAGGAACAAUCUUCUUUCCAAUGUUCCAGAUCUACAAUAAGAAUUGACCCUCUUCAUUUGCU